CUUAAACAAACUAUACACCAUAUUUUACACUUGGAAAAAGUUACCACCUGUGGAAAUCAAGAUUGAUACAAUGUUAUGAAACAAAUCUUAAUUACGGUAAGUGUGUUAACAAACAGGCCACCGACAUUCGACAGUUGCGACCAAACCCAGUUUACUAAAAUGCGCAUCACCAAUCUCUACUAUACCAGCUAACUUCAUUCCUUUUCUUCUUCACAUUCCCAAUUUCUUCACUCUACAAACCCAAAUCCUCUUUCAAUUUCUAGGGUUUUCUCACGGUGGUUCAAUUCAAUUCAAUCUAAUCCACCGCCGACUGUAAUGUAAUGAGGCGGCGCCCUGUGGCGGGCAUCCUCCCAGAUCAAAUGGAGAAAUCAACAACCAAAACCCAAACCUCCCGAAUCUGCUUCCUCGCUGUACUCACCGCUUUCUUCUGGCUCUUACUCCUUUACUUCCAUUUCAUCAUCCUCCCCCAACAAGAUCAACACCAAUCCACCUUAACCACCACCGUAAACCACCAAGUAAUCCCCCUCAACCUCCAACCACCACCAUAUUCACCACCACCAUAUUCACCACCACCGCCACCGCCACCAUCAUUACCCCAAUUCAAGACUCCUCCAAGAAAGAAAUUUGGCUUUCCUAAUGAGUCAACACUACAAACCCCUCCCAAAAGUAAAUUCCCCUUUACAAAAGCACUUGCAACUUCCAACAACAAAACCGAUCCAUGUGGAGGUAGAUACAUCUACGUCCAUGAUCUUCCCUCCAGGUUCAACCAAGACAUGUUACGAGACUGCAAAACACUGUCUCUCUGGACCAACAUGUGCAAGUUCACUACCAAUGCAGGUCUUGGUCCGCCUCUCGAAAACAUCGACGGAGUCUUCUCAGAUAAAGGAUGGUACGCCACUAACCAAUUCGCUGUUGAUGUCAUUUUUGCAAACAGAAUGAAACAGUAUGAAUGCUUGACUAAAGACUCUUCCAUUGCUGCUGCUGUGUUUGUGCCGUUUUAUGCUGGCUUUGACAUUGCGCGGUAUCUUUGGGGUUAUAAUAUUUCUAUGAGAGACGCUGCUUCGCUUGAUCUCGUUGAUUGGUUGACGAAGCGGCCGGAGUGGGGAAUCAUGAAUGGGAGAGAUCAUUUUCUUGUUGCGGGGAGGAUAACUUGGGAUUUUCGGAGAUUGUCUGAGGAGGAAACGGAUUGGGGGAACAAGCUUUUGUUUUUACCUGCUGCUAAGAAUAUGUCUAUGCUUGUUGUUGAAUCUAGUCCUUGGAAUGCCAAUGAUUUUGGGAUUCCUUAUCCUACUUAUUUCCAUCCUGCAAAAGAUGAGGAUGUGUUUCUUUGGCAGGAGAGGAUGAGGAAGUUGGAGAGGAAAUGGCUUUUUUCUUUUGCGGGUGCGCCGCGUCCGGGUAACGCGAAGUCGAUUAGGGGUCAGAUAAUUGAGCAAUGUAGGAGUUCUAAAGUUGGGAAGCUUUUGGAGUGUGAUUUUGGGGAAAGUAAAUGUCAUUCUCCUAGCUCCAUAAUGCAGAUGUUUCAGGGAUCACUUUUUUGUCUUCAACCUCAAGGUGAUUCCUAUACAAGAAGAUCUGCUUUUGAUUCAAUGCUUGCUGGUUGUAUACCUGUGUUUUUCCAUCCGGGUUCAGCGUAUACGCAAUAUACCUGGCAUCUACCUAAGGAUUAUACUAAGUAUUCUGUAUUUAUUCCUGAGGAUGAUAUUCGAAAGAGGAAGAUUACUAUAGAGCAGAGGCUUAGUCAGAUACCGGUGGAGCAAGUGAGGAUAAUGAGAGAGGAGGUGAUUAGUUUGAUUCCUAGAUUAGUGUAUGCUGAUCCUCGAUCUAAGUUAGAGACUUUAAAAGAUGCUUUUGAUGUUUCUGUGCAAGCCAUGAUUGAUAAGGUUACCAAUUUGAGGAAGGAUAUUAUUGAAGGUCGCACCGACGAAAACUUCAUUGAGGAGAAUAGUUGGAAAUAUGCACUGUUGGAUGAGGGACAGCGUGAAGUAGGCCCUCAUGAAUGGGAUCCUUUCUUCUCUAAACCUAAGGGUGGAAAUGGAGAAUCCACUGAUUCCUCUGCUGAAGCUGCGAAAAAUUCUUGGAAAAAUGAGCAAAGAACUCAAUAAUGAUUUGUCACGGUGAGGUAAAAUUUGAAUCUUCUGGCUGCUGGUUUCUAAAAAGUUGUCUAGAGCAAGAUUCUAAUGAUUUCCCUGAAUUAGGGAGAACAAGAAUUGCAGCUACAAAAUAGUUAGUGAGAUCUUGCUAUCAAUUUAUUGCAGAACUUGUACUAUCUGAGUAGGCUUCCUCAUUGAAACCCCCCUCUUUGCUACAGUUUUGUUAUAUACAUUCUUUCUAGUUUCUGCUUUUUGUAUUAUUUGCCAUAGUGGUUUCUAGGUGUAUUUUUAAGGUCUAAUAAUUUCCCUUGAUACCGACAUUUUUGUUCAAUUGAUUCAUAUACGAAAUAUCAACAAAUUUAUAGUUAAAUUGUCUGUUGAAUUCUAUACUCGAUAAUAUGGCAGCUGCAUCAAUCAGACUGCUUAGGUAUGUAUAGAUAAUGCUAGGAGUUUCUUUGCAAAAUUUUCUUUUGACGUGCUCUGAAAUAGUUGGAUAUCGAUUCGAUAGUAUUUACUGACAUACGUUUGGAUCUGUGGUGUAUUUUUAUAAAAUUGCGUUGAAAUAGCACUUUCACGCAUAAGCUCCAUUAUAUAGUUUCAGGGAAUUCACAUUUGUUGUGCAUUGGGAUAAUUUGUAUGCAACCACUAAUCCAAAUAUACUAUUAGUAUGUAUUUGGAAUCAUGGCCAAAGAGCUUCGGACUCGCGUCCAAGUACAAGCUACUGUUUGCUGCUUCUUCGUUAUCAAGUCAAAUGAAGCUUUGGGAUGUGACAAAGGGCAUACAAACAAAGCCAAACAAGCACUUAGUGAUGUAUAGCUAUGCUGAAUAUUUGCCAGGUUACUAUUUUGUUCUGUCUAGUUGAUUUUAUAAAACAUUUCCUGUCUGCCGGUAAUCUUUCUUCUUUUUUGCUGUUGUCUUUCUGUCUUGUAAAAUGUUUUCUUCUAGGUAAGAAAACUUAUAAAAUUUCAUUAA